GAGGGGUCCUUUCUAAGACGGGUCUACGCCUCGGUCCCUCUAGGUCUUGGCACUCGGGACUGAACCUCGGCGGGAGUGAGAUCCCGCACGGAAGCGGACUGAGGUUUCAAAAUGACUUCCAUCUUGACUUCCACUUUAAAAAACCUUCCCAAUACAUCAAAAUGGGCCCUCAGAUUUUCUGUAAGACCUCUGAGCUGUUCCUCCCAGCUAUUAGCUGCCUCAGCUGCCCAGCCCAAAUCAAAGAAGACCUUAGCCAAACCCAAUAUGAGGAAUAUCGUGGUGGUAGAUGGUGUUCGCAUUCCUUUUUUGCUGUCAGGCACUUCAUAUAAAGACCUGAUGCCACAUGAUUUGGCUAGAGCAGCACUUUUGGGUUUAUUGCAACGGACCAAUGUCCCAAAAGAAGUUGUUGAUUAUAUCAUCUUUGGCACAGUUAUUCAGGAGGUGAAAACAAGCAAUGUGGCUAGAGAGGCUGCCCUUGGAGCUGGCUUUUCUGACAAGACUCCUGCUCACACUGUCACCAUGGCUUGCAUCUCUUCAAACCAAGCCAUGACCACAGCUGUUGGCCUGAUUGCUUCCGGACAGUCUGAUGUGGUCGUGGCUGGUGGUGUUGAGUUAAUGUCCGACGUCCCUAUUCGUCAUUCAAGGAAAAUGAGGAAAAUGAUGCUUGAUCUUAAUAAGGCCAAGACACUGGGCCAGCGACUGUCUUUGCUCUCUAAAUUCAGAUUGAAUUUCCUAUCACCUGAGCUGCCUGCAGUGGCUGAAUUCUCGACCAGUGAGACCAUGGGCCAUUCUGCAGACCGACUGGCUGCCGCCUUUGCUGUUUCUCGACUGGAACAAGAUGAAUAUGCCCUGCGCUCUCACAGUCUUGCCAAGAAGGCACAGGAUGAAGGACUCUUGUCUGAUGUUGUUCCCUUCAAAGUACCAGGAAAAGAUACAGUUACCAAAGACAAUGGCAUCCGCCCUUCCUCACUGGAGCAGUUGGCCAAACUGAAACCUGCAUUCAUCAAGCCCUAUGGCACAGUGACAGCUGCAAAUUCUUCUUUCCUGACUGAUGGCGCUUCCGCAAUGCUGAUUAUGGCAGAGGACAAAGCUCUGGCCUUGGGUUAUAAACCAAAGGCAUAUUUAAGGGAUUUUGUGUAUGUGUCCCAGGAUCCAAAAGAUCAGCUUUUACUGGGACCAACAUAUGCAACACCCAAAGUUCUAGAAAAGGCAGGAUUAACCAUGACUGACAUUGAUGUUUUUGAAUUUCAUGAAGCUUUCUCAGGUCAGAUUUUGGCCAAUUUUAAAGCCAUGGAUUCUGACUGGUUUGCACAAAACUACAUGGGUAGGAAAACCAAGGUUGGAUUGCUUCCUUUGGAGAAGUUUAAUAUCUGGGGUGGAUCACUGUCCCUGGGACACCCAUUUGGAGCCACUGGCUGUCGGUUGGUCAUGGCAGCUGCCAACAGAUUACGGAAGGAUGGAGGCCAAUAUGGCUUAGUGGCUGCCUGUGCAGCUGGAGGGCAGGGCCAUGCUAUGAUAGUGGAAGCUUAUCCAAAGUGAUGGAUCCUGAGGAGGAGACCUGACUUCUGUGCAGCACUUGCACUGGGCAAUGCCAUUUCAAUGCAUUACUAAGUGAUACCUGUAGUUCCUAGUUCCUCUUAGGAAAACAUCUGUGGCCUUCUGUUAAGUACUUUGCUAUUAAGCCUUGCCAACGUUCUGACGUUUUUCAAUAAUCAUAGCUUACUGCUCUUUCAGGGAUUUCUGAGUUACCCCAAUAUCACACAAAUACAUUUAAACAGUUGUUUUUGAAUCUCUGUUGUCAUUAAGACUAAAGUAGUGGUUGUAGUUUGUGAAAGAGGUUAGCUGAGAUUUGGAAUCAUCUGUGUAACAUUUGCAAAUUAUACUUCUUCCUAUCUGUGUCCUAAAGAUAAGUAUUUUCUCUAAAAUACAAACCAAUGUGCCUCAAUUAACUAAUUAUGGAAAAUAGUUCAUUAUCUAAAUAUCGCUGAAAAACUUUGAAAGUAAAUGUUGAGAUAUAUAAAUACCAUGUUGAUCAACCUCAAUAAAAUAGAGAAGUAUUGGAGAA